UGAGUUUGAAAUAAAGUUUAAAGUGGUGUAUUUGAAGAGAAGCGCGCGCAGGAAGCUGAUCGUAUUCGCUGCUCAGCUGUAUUUCUGUUGGCUUAGUGCAGACCCUGCCCUGAUUGCCUUAUAUCCAUGUCUAUUGACGUGUAGAGAGCAGAUGGAGGCAGAGGGACUGAUCUGAUCUUUAGUCCUCAGAGGUCAUUCUCGCUACAGUUACAGCCACUUGUUGCCAAAUCGCUCAGAGACCGCGAGCGCGUCGCGAAACCGUUUCCAUAAAGAGCUAUUUCUUUGCUUUCACGACACACAUCUAGAUGCUGAGACGGGAAUACAAGCACUUCUGACUUUGUUUGGGGAAAAAGGUCACUGUUAAGCAAAUUCGUCGCAUUUGACGGGAGAAGCAUGGUUGACAACCCAAGCAUAGCAACUAAAUCUGCACUGCAAGCCGCUUUCUCGUCGGCGAACACUCUUCCUCUGCUGGUCAGCUCCUCCGGCCCUCACAGUCACUCGAGCGGCGGCAGCGGGUUGAAGCUGGAGGCGGUCAUGGAGAACUUGCAGCGACAGCAGGCGGCUCGACUCGCCCUGGAGGAGAAACUCCGCCAAGCCGAAAAGGAGAAAGAAAUCAGAUCUAUGGUGGAGUCGCAGAUUCACCAGCAAGCUAUCGCUUUCCGCCACUAUCAAGCAGCGGUGAGGGGAGCGUUCGCAUCGGGAGCCCCGAACUCGAGCCCCGGCCACCCACAUGAGCGCACAGCCGACUCCGACAUCGACAAUGAGGAUGACGACCCAGACCUGGACCGCGGCAUGGACGAUGAAGAUCGCGACUUGGAGGAAGAUGACAGUAUGAACGAGGCUGGAGGGGAUGAAGAUUUGGAAGGACCCCUAGCUCAUUACCCACCGCGCCUUGCUGUUUAUCCCGGUGCCAGGCAGUCUCCAAAAAGUACCCCGAUACAUCUGUCCAGAGUCCAGCCAACCUAUCCAGCUCCAAGGCAGGCUGAAUCACCGAGUGGUUUGGCACCACAAGCACAAUCGCAGCACCACGAAUGGACUUAUGAGGAGCAGUUCAAACAGUCAGGCCAAGGCAGCGGGCCAGGGAGGAAGCUGAAAGAUUCGAGUGUUGCUUUCGGUGGCGGUGGCUCUUCGUCUCUGAUUCAGGAGCUGUACGAACUGGACGAUGAUGAGAAAAGGAAGGAGUUUCUUGAUGAUCUCUUCAGUUUCAUGCAAAAAAGAGGGACUCCAGUGAAUCGGAUUCCUAUCAUGGCCAAGCAGGUGUUGGAUCUCUACUCUCUCUACAAGCUUGUCACUGAAAAAGGCGGCUUAGUGGAAGUCAUCAAUAAGAAAAUAUGGCGCGAGAUUACCAAAGGUCUGAACCUCCCUACCUCCAUCACCAGUGCGGCUUUCACCCUCCGAACACAGUAUAUGAAGUACCUCUAUCCAUAUGAAUGUGAAAAGCGGGGACUGAGCUCUCCCGGUGAGCUUCAGGCAGCUAUCGACAGCAACCGUCGUGAAGGGCGGAGACAGAGUUAUGGCUCCACCCUCUUCAGCUACUCCCCCAUGGGAACCCCCACACUGCUGGCUUCCCCCAAACUCCAGAUGCCCCACAUUAGCAUGCCCACUCCUAACGGUGGGCACAUGACUCAGACCACUGUUAUCAAGAAAGAGGACUCCAUGCUGUCCAGCUGCCUGACUAACAGGGUUGGCAUCCCUGUGUCUUUGGCCAGCCACCACAGUGCAGCUCAGGCGGCUGCGGCUCAGGCUGCAGCUGCAGCAGCUGUGCAGGCGGCCGCAUUGGAGCAGCUCCGGGAGAAGCUGGAGUCUGGAGAGCCACCGGAGAAGAAAGUGAUGUUGAUGGCAGAGGAGCAGCAGAGAAUAAUGCAACAUGCAUUACAGCAGAAUCUCUUCGCCAUGGCAACCCAGCUACCCAUGAACAUCAAACUGAACAAUAGAGUGAAGUCCAUGACGAUAUGUCAGAGAUCGUGUCUGCUGCAUUCAAAUGAGAUGACUGCUCUCUCUCAUCCAGCUGUAAAUGCUAAUGUAAUUAGGUGCUCCUGA